UGGCCUCAGAAUCGGGGAGGUUUCAGGCGGGUUGGGACUGCAAAGCCCUGGGCUGAGCUAUAUCCCGAAGCGUGGGAGUUGGAGGGGAAAGCCUCGGCCCCGGACCGGCGCAGGCCGCUCUCUCACGCUCCUUCCUGCCUCUGUGCCUGCUGCCAUGUGGGCCGCCCCGAGAUUAGCUUUGCGGCGGUGCGCCCGCGCCGCUGCCCCCUCGCCGCGCGCCUAUCAUGGGGACUCCGUGGCGACGCUGGGCACCCAACCGGACUCGAGCUCUGCCAUCUACCAGGAAAACUACGAGCAGAUGAAAGCACUAGUAAAUCAGCUCCGUGAACGAGCACAGAACAUCAGACUGGGAGGUGGUGAGAAAGCCCGAGCACGUCACAUAUCAAGAGGAAAACUGUUACCAAGAGAAAGAGUUGACAAUCUUAUAGACCCAGGGUCUCCAUUCCUGGAAUUAUCCCAGUUUGCCGGUUACCAGUUGUAUGGUGAUGAGGAGGUCCCCGCCGGUGGCAUUAUUACAGGCAUUGGGAGAGUGUCAGGAGUAGAAUGCAUUAUUGUUGCCAAUGAUGCCACUGUCAAAGGAGGUACCUACUACCCGGUGACUGUGAAGAAACACUUACGGGCACAAGAAAUUGCAAUGCAAAACAGGCUCCCCUGCAUUUACUUGGUUGAUUCGGGAGGAGCAAACUUACCUCGACAAGCAGAAGUAUUUCCAGAUCGAGAUCACUUUGGCCGCAUAUUCUAUAAUCAGGCAGUUAUGUCUUCUAAAAGUAUUAUACAGAUAGCAGUGGUCAUGGGCUCCUGUACAGCAGGAGGAGCUUACGUGCCUGCGAUGGCUGAUGAAAACAUCAUCGUACGCAAGCAGGGUACCAUUUUCUUGGGAGGACCUCCCUUGGUUAAAGCAGCCACUGGAGAAGAGGUGUCAGCUGAGGAUCUCGGAGGUGCUGAUCUUCACUGCAGAAAGUCUGGAGUAAGUGACUACUACGCUUUGGAUGAUAAUCAUGCCCUUCACUUAGCUAGGAAGAUUGUAAGGAAUCUAAAUUAUCAGAAGAAAAUGGAUGUUACCAUUGAACCUUCUGAAGAUCCUUUAUUUCCUGCUGAUGAAUUGUAUGGAAUAGUUGGUGCCAACCUUAAGAGGAACUUUGAUGUCCGAGAGGUCAUUGCUAGAAUCGUGGAUGGAAGCAGAUUCAAUGAAUUUAAAGCCUUAUAUGGAGACACAUUAGUUACAGGAUUUGCUAGAAUAUUUGGAUACCCAGUAGGUAUCGUUGGAAACAAUGGAGUUCUCUUUUCUGAAUCUGCAAAAAAGGGAGCUCAUUUUAUCCAGUUAUGCUGCCAAAGGAAUAUCCCUCUGCUGUUUCUUCAAAACAUUACUGGAUUUAUGGUUGGUAGAGAGUACGAAGCUGAAGGAAUUGCCAAGGAUGGCGCCAAGAUGGUGACUGCCGUAGCCUGUGCCAAUGUGCCGAAGAUAACUGUCAUUAUCGGGGGCUCUUACGGGGCUGGAAACUAUGGGAUGUGUGGCAGAGCAUUUAGCCCAAGAUUUCUCUACCUGUGGCCAAAUGCUCGCAUCUCAGUGAUGGGAGGAGAGCAGGCAGCUAAUGUGCUAGCGACAGUAGCAAAGGACCAAAGAGCACGGGAAGGGAAACAGUUCUCCAGUGCUGAUGAAGCAACUUUGAAAGAGCCCAUCAUUAAGAGGUUUGAAGAGGAAGGAAACCCUUACUAUUCCAGUGCAAGGCUGUGGGAUGAUGGGAUUAUCGAUCCAGUGGACACCAGGCUGGUCCUGGGUCUCAGCCUUAGUGCAGCCCUCAACGCACCCAUCCAGAAGACUAACUUCGGUAUCUUGAGGAUGUAAUUGGAAUAUAAAGCAUCUUCCGUUGGACAUGUACCAAAAAUUAAUAAAUUAGUAGCCUUAAAAUUUUAGACUUUUUCAAUAUGUGGCUAUUACAGUAAAAUUGUUUUCUUAACACAGUGCAUUAUACUUUUCUACCUUUAAAUAAAGAAUCAGUGAAGAUAUUUAUUUGAUGCAGCUCAAUUCCUUGUAAAUUCUCUUAGAGAAAUUUUUCUAUGGCUCAGCUUUACCACCCUGAAAAGGAAGAGAAUAACUUAGAGUUAUCCUUUCUAAGCCAUAAGUACUAUGAAAAGUUCUGUAAUCUGUAAAUUCCAGGUAUUGUUGAGAUUUUUAACAUAAAGUUGUAUUUCCACUGAACUGAUUGCGUUGCAGAUUAUGCGUGAUAUUUUAAUGUACUUUUAAAAAUAAACAUCUGUUACUUUUCCCUCCAGCCACCACCGUCCUCCUCUCCGUAGUUGUCAGACUUCUUGUCUGCACUCUGGGCUCUGUUUCCUACCCGUUCUCUCCUCACCCUCUCGUUUUCUGGCUUCUACUGCCAACAGCCCUCUCCACGGUCACCACUGACCUCCAUGUUCCUGAAACCAGUGGGUCCUUUUCCGAUUUUACCUGAUUUAAUUCUCUGGCGCAUUCAAAUCAGUCAAACACUUCCUCCUAGAAAUUCUGUCCUUAGCUUCCAUUGCUGUAACGCUCUAGGUUUUCCACCAGCCUCCGUGGCCAUUCUUGUUCCGUUUCCUUUGCAGGCCCCACUUCCUCUGCUCAUUCCUCCUUCCCUUUACCAUUUGUCUUGAUUUUUCAUUAGUCAUAUGUGAAUGCAUUCUUAUUCUGAAAGAUACAAAUAGCACAAAAGUAUCUCCUUAUUGUUUAAUUAUUCUUAUUAAAAUAAUAAUUGUGGUAAAAUAUACAUAACAUGAAGUGUACCAUUUUAACCACUUUUUUGUGUGCAGUUCUGUGACAUUAAGUACAUUUAUAUUGCCACCAUCCAUCUCCAGAACUUUUCAUCAUCCCAAAUUGAAACUCUAUUAUUAAACAAUAACUCCCCAUUCUCUCUUCUCCCUACCACUGGCACAUUUCCUUUUUCCUUUUUUUUAAUUGAGAUAUAAUUGAAUAUAACAUUAUAUUAGUUUCAGGUGUACAACAUAAUGAGUCAAUAUUUAUAUACACUGCAGAUGAUCACGAAAAUAAGUCUAGUUACCAUCCAUCAUCAAGCACAGUUACAGACUUUUCUUUUUUUUUCCUGUGAUGAGGACUUUUAAGAUUUACUCGCUUAGCAACUUUCAAAUAUGCAGUACAGUAUUAACUAUAGUCACCAUGCUGUAUGUUACGUCCCCAGGACAAGCUGGAAGCUUGUACCUUUUGACCCCCCACACUCAUUCUGUCCACCCCAUGCCCCUCUCCUUUCUGGCAAACACCAAUCUGUUCUUUGUAUCUAUAAGCUUGGUUUUCUGUUUUGCUUUGUUUGUUUUGUUUUUUAGAUUCCACAUAUAAGUGAGAUCUUAUGGUGUUUGUCUUUCUCUGUCUGACUUACUUCACUUAACAUAGUGACCUUAAGGUCCAUCCGUGCUGUUGCAAAUGGCAAGAUUUCAUUCUUUUUUAUGGCUGAGUUUUAUUCCUCCUCAUCCUUGAAUGUAUGUGUUUUACAUGGCUUGAUUCAUUCUCGCUGGGCCAUUUCAGCCCUUCGUAUGGUUUUAGUUGCCAUCUGAAUGGGGAUGAUUCCUGUGUUGACAGUUCUUAACAUAGUUCUCCCCUGAGCUCCAGACCUGUCUAUCUAACAGGUCUAAGGAACCUCAGACUCAAUCAUCAAGUUCUGUUGAUCUUGCCUCCUAACUGUCUCUUGAAUUCCCCUACUAUUUUUGUCUUUUAUGCAGGCCUUAGAAGGGGUCUACCUGCACCCAGUCUUACCUAGUCCAAUCUCUCCAUCACUCUGGAAUUAGAAUGGCCAUUCUAAGGUGCACAUCUGUCAUGCUGCUUCCUUCCUUACUUCUUUCACUGGUUCCCUGAAGUGCCAAACCCCUAAUGGCCUCCAUGGAUCUUGAUCCUCAGCUCUUCAGUCUCAUCUCCCUGACUCCUCUUUUCACACUGGGUGCUCCACCCAUUCUAGACUUCUUCCAGUUCCUUAAACCUACGAAGUCCUUGCCCCCUUAGAGUCUACGAGGUUCCCUGUGCCUGAACUGUUCUCUUCUCCCUUCUACUUAAACACCUAUCUUUUGUCUCUGUGAUUUCCCUGGGCUGGGUUAGGCACCUGUUGUGUGCCCUUGUAGAGCACCAUCUUCUUCCUCUGUCACUUUCUCUGUCUUAUAUGUUUAUAAGAAGUAUAAACAUUUCUUUAAUAUUGCCCUCCUGCUAGAAUGUAAGCUCUGUGAGAGCAGGGAUCCUCCUGUUUGGCCUGUAUCUCCAAUGCCUGGCACUUGUAGAUGCUCAAAUAUUUGUUGAAUGAAUGAAAAGUCCAUAUUUUAAUUGUAUCCUCAGGCCACAUCAUUUUAAAAUAAAGUGAUUGAUUAUACGAUCUAAAACAACUAUCAAAUGCUUUCCUAAUAAAAUUAAUAUUUCAAACA